AUGUCAGGGGGUGACGGAGAAUUUGACUUGAUCAAUGAUGACUGCAUCGAAGAGUCCAUAAAUGAUUGGGGAUUGAUCAACCAGAACCAGAGCUCAUCAAAAAUUAACGAUGAAACUCUCCCGAAAAGGUCAGAGAAAUUUUUCGAUCAAGACGGCUCGGAUGCACAAAAACUGAAAUUAGAAUAUGCUCGUGAUCAAAUGUAUCUAGCACUUCUGCACAUUCGUGGGCAUCAUAUUAAGCAGCUUUUGGUAGGAGUAUGGAUUCAUUCCAAAAGAAAAGCUUUUAUCCCGCACGCCAAAGGCAGCUUCUUCAAAGACAUGGGGGCUCCUCAUGUCUAUAAAUUGAAAAAAAAACUUCAAGGAGUAUGGCUUAGUGAAAUAGAAGCCAUAUACUUGACCGAGAGGGGAUCGCUUGUAAUGUACGCAGCAAAUGAUCAAUUUCUCGAAUUUAUGGAGAACGAUAACUUGCUGUUUAAUUACGAGACUUUGACACACCUUACUUUGGCCCAUUUACAAACUACUGCUUUCGGCCUGAAUUGUGAACUUGUAGACAAGUACAAAGUUUUUGCAUUAUUGAAGAGAUUAGGUUAUUCCGUAAUGGAACACAGAGCUCUUCAUAUACUGUUAGAUCAAUGUGAUCUACCUUCUGAACCGGAGGGAAAGAAGCAUUUGUCUUUCUUUUCCGCUAUUCAAUCAUUUGGCGUAUCCUUUGGAACCACACUAAGAAGACUUUACACAUUGUUGCUCGAAAAGCAAAGCCACUUUCUCACCUACACGCUGGUUUAUAAAUCACUCGCUCUCGUUCCCACAAGCGACUUCAUGAGUUUCGGUCCUCCUUAUGCCUUAGACCCACGAUAUCGAAUUAUAUUUAAUGUCUGGAAACCUUCUCCGCAUUUUAGCAAGAAAAAUCCUCCAGCACCGGAUUUUCAGAUCGGAAUUCUAAACACAUCAAAAGUAGCAUUCCCAGACCUUGGAUCUAUCCAGGGAACUUGGGCUUAUCUUGACAAUAAGCGUGACACUGAAUGCAUUCGGAAACCCAAGGAAACUAAAAUUUCCAAAACAACCGAUGUAUCCAAUAAGACAAAGAAAGAAAUGAAAGCACAAAACAAGGCAGAGCGCGAAUCUAGACUUGACCCCAAGCUUCGAAAUAGAAAUAAUUAUCUCAGAAACAGGGACAAGUUACUUAAGCAAGGUACCACUGGGAGGUCAACUGUUUUCGCGGUUGUAGACAAUGGUGUUGUGAAUUUCACAACAUUCAACGAAACUGAUUUUAGAUUGCGAUACUGUGCGAAGGAUUUGAACGAAUUUGAAACGAGAGAGGAUCAUGGUAUUGUAUGGAAUGAAAGACUAGAUGUUUGA